AUGAAAAACAUUGAUGGCAAAGCAAGUGGGUGUGUGUGCGGUGGGAAUGAUGAGGCUAAUUUUUUUUGGUAUUAUAUUUAUAAACACAAACAUUGGACAGAUUUUAAUGUUAUUGUGGGCACACAGAUACACACACAUGCCUUAUUCUUCAACUUCACAAUCACACCCCUAUUCCAUUUCCAACACCUAAUCUAUCACCACCCCUUAUCUCUCCUUCUGCAAUUCCAACAACCCAACAUAAAAAAAUUGUUUUUUCGAACACCCUUUCGGUUUUUUGAUCGGAAGGUUGAAUUGCAGGAGGGUUAUUUAUAUUAUUUAUAUGAUUUAUCUUCUGGGUUCUUAUGUUCUUCGUUGGCAAUGAAUUGGCAUCCACUAUGGAUUGUUUGGGCUUCAUCUGCUGCAAGUAUGGAGAUCGAGAGAUUUGCUCCGUCUGCAGUUCUUGGAUUUAUAGCAUCAUGUCUUUGA